CCCCACAGCCCGGGAAUGGGGAUGUCCAGUGGCAGCGCUUUUGGAGACGGUGUCGGUCUGUCUGUCCAAGGGCUGUACUUCCAGCACACCACCACCACCACUCCGGGGCUGUGCUGUCCUCCCCUGUCACGCCGGCGCUCCCACCGCCGGGCAGCCUUGCCCUUGGUCACAGGGCGGGCUGUCCGUGCCCCGGGCCCCCCGGCUCCGGCCCGGCCCCGCGGGCGGGGCCCGCCCCAGCUGGCCGCUCCCGCCGCCAUGGUGCCGUCCCCGCUCGCCCUGCUCCUGGCGCUCGGCGCCGCCGCCACCGCCCUGGCCGAGCCCCUCCGCUUCGUUGACUGCGGUUCCGUAGACGGCAGCAUCCAGGAGGUGAACGUGAGCCCCUGCCCCACUCAGCCCUGCCUGCUCCACAAGGGGACAUCCUACAGCAUCAACGUCACCUUCGCCAGCAAGAUCGAGAGCCAGGGCAGUAAAGCAAAGGUGUACGGGGAGAUGCUGCACGUGGACAUACCCUUCCCUAUUCCUGAGCCUGAUGGAUGCAAGUCUGGGAUCCAGUGCCCCAUUCAGAAGGGCCAUUCCUACAGCUACCUGAACAAACUGCCUGUGAAGAGCGAGUACCCCAGCAUUAAACUGAUUGUGAAGUGGGAGCUGGUAGACGACCAGGACCAGAUGUUGUUCUGCUGGAAGAUACCAGUGCAGAUUACCAGCUGAGGAGUCUGGCAUUAGUAGGGCUUGGGGAGGGGAAAACCAGAAACAACACAGGCCAAAUUCUUUUAUAUAAUAAAUAUUUCUUACUGCUUCCUUCAGAGGUCUGCAGCCUCUGAGCAGCCAGCACUGUGUUCCUUGCAAGAUCAGCCCCUGGCAGUGCUCUUCCUGUGUUUAGGUGACACCCUUGGGGUGCUCUCCUAGCUGUCUACUGCAGGAGUGACUGAGCAUCAUCCUCCAGCUGCUCUGUGGAGGCACUUUAUCUGUUAGACAUGGAACUGUCUGUCCUCACAAAGGAAUUUCUCAGUGAUGAACCUGGCUGUUGGCUGAGCUGCUACCUGAUAACCCUUCAGUGCCUCUUUUAGAAUGCCAGCUGCAUCCACCCUCCCGUGUUUCUCCUGCUCUGUUGUGAUUGGGAUGCUCCUGGGACCUGCAUUUGCUCUCCAUGCAGCUGAAGUAGAGGGAAGGAGAGGAGUCUGUCUUUCCCUGAGCUGACAGCUUGCUAUGUCCUGGGCUUCUGCUCAAACCAGCAGGACUCCAGCUGGGAAAACUUCCUUUUUGUGGAUGCAAAGCCAAAUGGUGUUCAAUGUCUCUGCAGGGAUGAUUCUUUCUCUAACCAAUGGUUUGCACUACUACUAACUUGGAGCUGCUGUGAGCUCCUGAAUCUCUUUUUAUAACUUUCCUUUUAAUAAAGGCUAGACAAAAUA